AUGAUUAUAUUUUAUCUUAUUAUACCGAUCAUAUUGGGAAUAAUUUCGUACACUUUCUAUAAGAAUCAUAAUAAAAAAGUUCAAUUAACUUCAAAUGCUUCUAAAUAUGAUCAUGCCAUAAUCCUUGGUGGCAGUUUUGGAGGAAUGGCCACUGCUGCUUAUCUAUCAAAGUAUUUCAAACGUAUAACAAUUAUUGAAUCAGAUGAUGUAUUAAAUGAUACUUUCAACAAAUCUACACCCAGUCAAAUAUUAGAUUAUCGUUGUCGUCUAGAAAGUCCAACAUCAAUAGGACGUUCAGGUGUUAGUCAAAUCUAUCAAUUACAUGCACUUGAAGGUGAAGGAUUUAAAAUAAUGCACGAGUUAUUUCCACAUUUAAAAGACAAAUUAAUAAAUGAAUAUGGUAUUCGUACAUAUUCAUUAAAAAAUGAAUCAAGAUUUAUUAUUGAUGGUAAUUUACUAAAUCAAAAUUUAACUAAAGAUAUUGAUUGGUUGGGUAUUGAUCGUUUUACAUUAGAAAUAGCUUUAAGAAAAGAAUUAUGUUUACAAUUUGAAAAUCAAAUUGAAUGGAAAUGUAAUGCAAGAGUAAUUCAACUCAUUGCUGAUCAAUCAUCCAAUACUGUUCAAGGUGUUAAAUAUAGAUUGAAACAAAAUACCGGUUUACCAUUAUUAGAUAUCUAUGGUGAUUUUAUAAUUGAUUGUACAGGUCGCAAUACAUCAUCAAUAAAAUGGUUAAAAGAAAGUUUAAAUUUAAUUGUACCUAGUGUACAAAUGUAUUUUGGUUGUGGCUAUGUUACGUUUAUAGGUGAAAGAUUUAAAACAGGCAAUCCAUUAUUAGACUCGAAACAUAUACUGUGCGCCAAUACUAAUACACCCGACAAUAAUGUAGGAUGCUAUAUAACUCCGAUACGUACAAUAAAAACAGAUGAUGAAAAUUCUCUAGGAACGUUAUCAACAAUCGCAGUUCAUUGUGUCAAUGAAGAAUAUCCACCAAAUGAUUCUUAUGAAAAUUUAUUAGAAUGGAUAAAAGAACAUCUAAGUAACGAAUUCAAUUCAAUAUUAAACUCGACAAAAGUAUGUAGCCCAUUGGUUCCCUAUCGUCGAGCAAUCGAUGAUCGUAAAUAUGUCGAAUUAUUAGGCAAAAAAUGGCCUCAUAAUUAUAUAUUAUUAGCUGACGCAAUGUGUACCUUUAAUCCGCAAUUUGGACAGGGUAUGACACAUGCAUUUCGACAUGCAUUAGAAUUGAGUAAAAUAUUUGACGAACGCUGCCAUAAAUUAGAAAAUAUUUCUUAUAUUUUCAACCGACGUGCUUCAAAAAUUAGCGAAGAAUGUUGGCUUGGUUCUACCACAAGUGACUGGAAAUCACCAACAUUAAAACUGAUAAAAACUAAUCAAAAUGGUAAAAUUGAAACUUAUGAACGAGGAGGUGAUUCUGAUACAACAAAGUGUACUAAACCACAAUUACCUUUUAUGAUCAAAUUUAUGCAAUGGUACAAUUAUUGGUUUUUUCGCUGUGCAUCUAAAUCAGAACAACUGUCUACAGAUUUUAUACAUGUUGUCAAUCAACAUAACAGCCCAUUUAUAUUGAUGAAGCCAAUCACAUUCUUGCAAGUGUGUUAUAUGGCAUUAACUCAUCGCUUUGGCUUAUCGAAAAACUGA